AUCUACGUGUUCAUUUUCGCGACAGUUCAGGAAGCGUCUACAAACAGCUACAUAAAAGAGCAAGAGUUGGGGCUUCCUCCUACUAAGGAGUACAGCAAACACAGCAUGUUGCCGACCACCUCACCAAACAGCAACGGCGCCCUCGGUUCUAGCGACACUGCCCGUCACACGGCAGGCUUCAAGCGCUACAAGUACCUGCGACGGCUGCUCCAUUUCAAACAGAUGGACUUUGACUUUGCCGUGUGGCAAAUGCUUUACUUGUUCACGUCACCGCAGAGAGUCUACCGCAACUUCCACUACAGGAAGCAGACCAAAGACCAGUGGGCCAGGGACGACCCGGCGUUCCUGGUCCUGCUCGGCAUCUGGCUAUGUGUGUCAACAAUAGGCUUUGGUCUGGUGCUGGACAUGGGCGCCAUGGAGACUCUGAAGCUGCUGCUGUGGGUGGUCAUUGUUGACUGUAUAGGAGUUGGUCUUUUCAUAUCAACCCUCAUGUGGGUCAUCAGUAACAAGUACCUGUUGAAACAACCCAGCAGAAACUUUGAUGUGGAGUGGGGCUACGCAUUUGAUGUUCACCUCAAUGCCUUCUACCCGCUUCUCGUCAUCCUGCAUUUCCUGCAGCUCUUCUUCAUCAACCAUGUUGUGAUAAUAAACUCAGACUGGUUCGUGGGAUACUUUUUUGGGAACACUAUGUGGCUGAUUGCCAUUAGUUAUUAUCUCUACAUCACGUUCUUGGGGUACAACGCUCUCCCCUUCCUGAAGAACACCGUGGUGCUGCUCUACCCAUUCGCCUUGCUCGGACUCAUUUACGUCCUCUCCGUAUCUCUGGGCUGGAACUUCACUCAGGGCCUCUGCUGGUUUUACAAGUACAGAGUCCAGUAGGACCAGCUCGCCUCUGAAAUUGGACACUAGUGGGCUCCAGGCCGACUCCAAAAACAUCUGCUUCCAACUCGCAUCUAGGUGUCAAGAAUCAAUUUCCAGCUUCUGUUAGUUAACAUCCGGCCGGGAAGGACUCUCCGUGAGCUGUGACGCUGGGUUGUUUGACCGAGCUGGUUGACUGUUGACUCUCAAAUGACUGAUUUUCUGUUUGGCUCUCAUGUUGAGCUCCGAAGUCGGUGAACGGUGACGUGUUUGGACCGUAGUUGCAGAAACGGGAGAUGCAGCUUUUUACCGUUGUUCCUUUUUUGUAUGAUUUUGUAAAUAUUCUGGCUAGUUGUAAUAUAUAUACACAGAGGAUUGUUUCUGAAGAGGACACACUUGCUUUGUUUCUUUUUGAGUUUCAUUAAAGAAAAGACAGAACAAUAAUCCUGUUUAUUGAAGAGAUGAAAGGAAAGUGGAGGAACGAGGGAUGGACACUUUAUUUUUUUUCCCCUUUCUGUUUUUUCUUAAAGUGUACAUUCCAAAGCACUUUCAAUAAAAGGUUUUAUUAUUAUUUA